AUGGUAGGUCCUAAAUCCCCUUUUAAAAGGUCUUCGAAUAACGACAGUAAUCAUAAGCGAAAUAACUCGACCAAUAGUGCUACGCAUGAUGGAUAUACACACUCUAGAAAUACCAGUGUAGGUGCAACACCUCCUAUUAGUAAUGCCAAUAAUAACACUCAUAAGAGAAAUGUUUCAACGUCAUCGACAAAUUCUAAUUUUUUGGCUGAACAAUAUGAUAGAGAUAGAAGAAAUAUUAUUCACUAUUGUUUCAGUGCUAAUACAAAGAAUCCAAAUGGACAACCAAAUAGUUAUAUAACGCACGUCAGGAUUAUUGAAGAUGCAAAGUUUCCUUCUUCCAAGCCGGUGGGUCCUGUUAAACUAGAUCAAAAGAAAAAAAGAUGCUUGAUUUUGAGUUCCAAAGCUGAAAACAAAGAUUUGAUACAAAUUCACAAAGCCAGAGAAAAUCCAGACGGUUCUUUCCAAAUUGGUAGGACAUGGGAUUUGAAAUCAUUAACAAGAAUUGAAAGAGAACCCGAGGUGAAUGAAGGUUUUAUGUUGACAAUCGGGAAAAAAUAUUACUGGGAAACGAAUUCUUCAAAGGAAAGGCUUGUUUUCAUAAAAUCAUUGGUGAAAAUAUAUUUACAAGCGUUCGAAGGUCAUGUCCCUGAACUAGUCCAUUGGGAUUUAAGUUUAUUCUACCUGGAUGAGCGAUCCUACGAAAGAGCUGUGAUUCAUCCAAAAGAAUCAGAGCUAGCAAUUCAACAGUCAACAAUUGCAACAACAACACUUACAACAACAACAACAACAACAACAACAACAACAACAACAACAACAACAACAACAACAACAACAACAACAACAACAACAACAACAACAACAACAACAACAACAACAACGAUCCAGCAGCAGCAGUUGGAACAGCAGCAAUUGGAAGAGCAUCAACAGAACAAUAUAUAUGAUAGAACAUUCCAAGGUGAGACUGCGUCAAAUAGACCAUCCUCGAAUUCAACUGCAAAUAUGGUUUAUGAUCCAGUUAUACCAAGAUCCGUAGAUAGAACCAGCAAUAGAAGUAACUUGAAUAGCGGUUACAUUGCAGAUGAAGUAACACACGGAUCAAUUAAUAAUUCCAAAAAUAGAUCAAUGUCUCCAGAAAGAAAUUCUUUAAAUAAAGCUCCAUAUUCUAGUAGUUCUACUAUUAACCAGUUGAAUAAACAAUAUUUAUCACCUGUGAGACAACAAACUACUGAAUAUGACAACAAUGUAAAUGGCGGUGCUUAUGCUAAUGAGGAGGAAGAUUUUAACUUUCAAAAAAUUGAGUCCAGACAAGUUUAUAAUUCUGAACUAGGAACCAAUGAAGAGGAAGACUAUGAACAGCUGGUAAAACAUGAUAAUAUGCUGGAUAAUCUAAAUGCCGUACUUUCUGAUAAACAAACCAUACAUUCAUCACUUACUGACGACGAUGAUGAGAAAGAAACUCAGCCAUUAACCAUCCUUUCACGUAAUAAAAGUAAUGCUGAAAUUGAAAGCGACAAUGUUGUAGAUUUAUAUGGAGACAACGAUGAAAAUGAAAGUAACAUAUAUGAUGAUUAUAAUUAUAAGUUAGAUUUAAAUGAGGACUUGAAUCAAACAAAAGAAAUUUCUAUGAAUGGUUACCAAAGUUCUCAAAUUUCAAAUGAAAGCAGUGCCCGUCAAUCAAAAUAUAGGAUUACCAAUGGACCUGAGAGUACUGAGUUUGACGAUACCUAUGAAGACACAAAUGAAGACACAAACGAUAUUUCAUAUGAACAAGGCGAUGAGAUACGUUACAGUCAAAUGAUAGAUACGGAGUCUAAAAAUAGGCUUGCAGAAAAUUUAGCAGAGGAGCCGGAAUAUAUCAAUGAACAACAAGCUGACCAUCAAUAUCAUGCUGUUUCAACCAUUCAAGAAGAGGCUCCAUUAGUAGGUAACUUUUCCAGCAUGGAAGAUAAUGAGCUUGAGAAUAAAAAGCGCGAUUCGACUAAGAUGUUCCUAACACCAUUGGAAGUUGAUGAUCAAGCAUUAGAAGAAAUCCUGAUGGAUGUUAAUUGGGAAUUAGAUGAUGAUACAGAUAAUGUCCUUCAGAAACUUGACAACCAAUUAUCAGAUACUAGAUAUACCUUUAAUAAUCGGUUAAUUUCUUUAGGAAAAACAGAUACAACUGUGAAAGAGUAUGAAGAAAUUCUAAGCACUGAAUGUGAAAAAGUUCAACCAAUAUUUUCUUUAUUCCUAAUGGAAAUGAAUAAUCUUUCUAGUGAUAUUGAUUACGUAGAAUGUCAGGCCAACGGCUUACAAGUCGAAAGUGCAAACAAAAAAGUUCUAUGGAAACUUUUGACUGAAUUAUUGAAUUCUGUGUCAUUAAAUGAAAAUGACUUGAAUGAGUUGUUAAGCUCUCCAAUCAGUGAAAGAAAUUUACCGAGAAUCGAAUUGCAAUUGAAAGGUUUAUAUAAAGCAAUUGUUGCAAUUAAGGGUCAAACAGAUAAUGAUAUGACCACGCCAUUUAAAAGCUCUGAUUCCACUGAUCUGGGUAAAAUGCAAGCUUUGGCACCAAGGAGAAAAGCCUAUGAAAAAGUCACCACUGUGUUUUUGCAAAGAGUUGAGAAGGAGUUAAUUAGGAAAUUUGAAAGUUUUCAUACAGAUAUAUCAUCAGAUGAUCAAUUAACAAAUAUUCUUAAUAGAAUAUUGAUAUUCUCUUCAUUGACCUCUUUUUGUAAGAAUAUUUCACCGGAGUCUUACGAUACGAUUAUUGAGCAAUGGAACAACAAUAUCAAGGAUGUCUAUUUAACCAGAUUUAACAAUAUUAUUAAGAAUUUAGAUGAUAAACUUUCUGAUUACCAAAAUGAACUUGAAAACUCACCAUUGAAUCAUCAACAAGAAGAGAGCUUUUUGAAGCAAUGGAAAUACUACAAGAAAAACAAUAAAUUGACAAUAGAUAUUCCAAGAACCUCAAUAUAUAUGAGUAACUUCAUACAAGCCGUAAAUUCUAUUGAAAACUUAUGUAUCAUUUACCAAAACUUCGUUGAUGAUUUUUUCCAUAUUUCUGAGUUUAAAGAUUUUGAUGAAUAUUUACAAGACCAUAGUGAUUACAAUAUUAAGACAGGAUCAUUGAAAAUUUUAAAAGAUGUUAGUUCAGAUAGAGACUCCAACUUAAUCAGAACAAAUUUGGUGUCUAAAAUUUUUAGUCCUAUUCUUUCUAAAUUUACAAAUGAAAUUCAAAGAGUUUUCAAUUUAGAUAAAACUAUCAUACCAUCCAUUUUAUUAUUUUUUGAAAUACAAAUUAAAAAGCUCGAAUCCUCAAAUCAAGACUUCUUGUUGACAGUUUUAACAAGAUUAUCAACCACCAUUAAACAAUUAUGGUCUGAAUUCAUCGAUGAUAGAGUUAUAUAUUAUGAAAGAGUAUUAGUGAACAUCAAUAACAGCACUGAGAAUAGUAUUACUCCAGCAAUCUUAUCAAUGCCAAUUUUCAUUAAAAACUCGUCUGAUUUAAUAUCAUUUGUAUUCAAUGAAUUAAAAACUGAACAUAACAUUGAUACCAACAUUGCCAAUUACAAUGUCAAUGAAAUUGUCAAUACAUCAUUUGCAAAGAUUAGCAUGGCAGUGACAGAAAUUUUAUCACGGAAUAGUGUUCAUAGUAAUGAAAGUCAAGAAAAUGUUAAAGCAGAUGACAUUAGUACUGAUAUUAACAAAAUAAUAGUGUUACUAUUGAAUUCAUAUUGGUUAGGAGAAAUGUUACCAAUUGUUUCAUUAAACUUAAACAAUAACGUGUUUGAGAAACCAAUCCUUAAAGCCAAACAAAUUUUUGAUUAUGAAAAGACAAUGUAUGCGAAGUUUUUACUAUUACAAUUGAUGCCAAAAUUGACCUCCUUUGUUAACGGUGCCACAACUAUCAUAGCCAAUUCUCAAAAGAAUAGCAAUGGUAAUGUAAUGGUAAAUCCAUCAAGAUGGGCAGUCUACAGUAAACAGAACUUAGACAACAUUCUUUCAGCAUAUACUUCACAAGAGAUCAGAUUAUUAGUGAAAGCAUUACACGAUGAAAUGCUCGACAAGUUAAUCAGCAACGACACAGAUUUUGGAGUAUCACUAUGCAACAAACUGUGGUCGAGCAUACAAGGUGAGACUGUCUCUUUGUACUUGAAACUGUAUACAUUAGUUGACAAACACUAUCAAGGUACCUCGAUCCAAUUUUCUAAAAACGAUCUAAUUACCGCCUUUGAUCAUUAUAAGGAAUAA